GUGCGUCCGGAGCGCCUCGGCGACACCAUGUUGGGCAUGAUCAGGAACUCGCUGUUCGGGAGCGUAGAGACGUGGCCUUGGCAGGUCCUGAGCAAAGGGGGCAAGGAAGAUGUCUCCUAUGAGGAAAGGGACUGUGAAGGCGGGAAGUUUGCCACAGUGGAGGUGACAGAUAAGCCUGUGGAUGAGGCUCUACGGGAAGCAAUGCCCAAAGUCAUGAAGUAUGUGGGAGGCACCAACGACAAGGGGAUUGGGAUGGGGAUGACAGUCCCUAUUUCCUUCGCCGUGUUCCCCGACAAGGACGGCUCCCUGCAGAAGAAAUUAAAAGUCUGGUUCCGGAUCCCAAACGCGUUUCAAAGCAGCCCGCCGGUCCCCAGCGACAACAGCAUUAAGAUUGAAGAGAGGGACAGCAUCACCGUCUAUUCCAUGCAGUUCGGUGGUUAUGCCAAGGAAGCGGACUACAUAGCGCGCGCCGCCCAGCUGCGCACGGCCCUGGAGGGCACAGCCAGCUACAAGAGUGACAUGUACUUCUGCACCGGGUAUGACCCUCCCAUGAAGCCCUACGGUCGUCGCAACGAGGUCUGGCUGGUGAAGACAUGAGGAAUUCACUGAGCCGGAGCUUCCUGGAUGCCUGCUUCUGUGACCACGUAUCCCAGGAGGGAGCAGACCUUCCCGUGCAGCUCCGUCGUAACCGACUUUCCUUCAGAGCCAACCGACCACUGCCAAUUUUCCAAAAUCAAUAUAUUCCAGAUACUGAGGCUCUUUUUCUCAUGAUGGGAAAUAAUACACCCAAAAUAGACAUGCGUCCUUCUAAAUGACAGAAAAUUCUGUGGUAGACCAGAAAAACCCAGCAGUAUUUCCUUAGCCCUCUGGAUCACUAAAAACUGAUUUUUAAGAAUCACUGAAACUACCAUUUUGUUAUCAGGGGGGAAAUGUGAUUUAUGCGUGAUCUCUCAUCUGUGAUUCUUAUAAAAGAUUUCUUUAAAAAGAAACUGAAAAUAAAGAUCUUUGACUUAAACAGCUGA